AUGGAAGAAUUGCCAGCAGAAGAGGAUAGUGUGAUAAUAAGAGAAGAAUUAUCGAUGAAGAGUAGUGAAGAAGUAGUAAUAGAAAAAGAAGUUAGCAUAAUGACGAUGGAUGAAGAAUUGACCGAAAGCCAAGUACAACAAGGAAAAGACAUACUGACGAAAGAAUGUGAUGCGUUCGCGCAGAACCAUCAAGAAGUGCCGCCAAUGCUUGACAAAGAAGAAAAGUAG